AUGUUUCAGGAGGCUUUGGACUUUGCGUUAAGCUUUGUCGCCAUUCAUCUUGAGAAUGAAGGAUGCACAUUAGCUACACUUGGAGAGUUUCUGGACAAGGAUGUCUUCCCGUUUUGCGGUUGGGCCAGCAACCAUACUUUGCUUGACAGUGUUGUGCGGCUUUUGAUCAACGAGUUCAGCUCUGAGGUGAGGUUUGUCUUACAAAGCCUUGAAUGUCACAACAAUGGUGAGCCGCUGAAAAUGAAUGUGAGCAUAAGUUCAGGGCAAGGUUCCAAUUCCAGCACCACCCCAAACAUGAGUUCUAAUAUGUGUUUACAAAAAAAAAUGACACCAUCUGAGCUGACUCGGAUGCUUGACGAAAAACGUACAUUAUGGGAAGAUACCUCUCCAGAAUCGGUGUUUCAUCUGGUGCACAUAUGUCCUUCUCAUGAAUUACGUGAAAAAGUUCUUGGUAUACCCAUUCGCACCUGCAAUGAUCGGCAGACCAUAGACUAUGUCUCGGAAAACGCCCUCUACGGAUGCAGCAAAGUCGUUGUAAAAACUAAGCUCCCAGCAAAGUAUAAACAGUACGUUAUAACAGCUGGAAUAGCCCGGAUGUACCGCAAUCGGAUGCUGUCGAUGUAUUAUCUUAUGGACAGUACUACGCAUGAGCUGACAUGUCGAUACUUUCCGUGGUACGCUGCUCCUUUGACCGAGCUGGAAAAGACAGAACUAGGCACGUUAUCUGCGCUACAAUCCCCCAACAAUGAAAAUUUGAGAUCUGGAACCAACCGCACACCUCAGGAGCUCAUACAUCAACGCAACAUAAAAGGUUAUCAACCAAUAAAUCAUUAUUUCUGGCGUUUACGUCAAGCUAACAGUAAUAUACAAAAUUGCGUUUUCGAUCUGAAAGCAAUCAAACACAUUGUUAGAUCGUCGCCAGAAAGGAAGCUUCUGUACCAAGAUGCGAUUCACACCAUCUUUAUGGUUCAUGGUUUGCAUCCACAUCGCGUUAUCGAGAUCGAUAAACGUAAUCGUAUGCGCUUACGCCAUAUGCUCAUAGCGGCAGGCCUUCGCAUCCUACAGGUGACAAUUCUUGUGCAUAAUCGUCCGCGGAAGGUUUCAAUUGUCAUACCAGAAGAGGAUUUAUACAAAUUUGCAAUAAGUACUAUGAGAAGCGUCAAAAGGGCUAAAUUGGAAGAAAAUGCGAUCCUGUCUUCAAUUGAAUGUAAGCUAAAGGAAGAAAAUGUUGAAUAUGAAAAUGAGGACGUGGUGGAGCCUGAGGGAGAAAAAUUGAACGAAACAGCGGAUAAUUCACCUCAAACGCACCACAAUGCAUUGAAAAAUGAUUCAGUAGAUAGGGAAAGUGACACCAGUAUCUGCAGUAUGAGCGCUUCGGCCUCCGAUGAUGAAAAUGCAUCUAUAUCAAGGAUGGACAAUGUAUGCCCUAAAAAGGAGAAUUUCCAGGAAAUGAAUGAGACGCAGAAACGCUCCAAAGUGGCAGCAACUCCACUUUACAUAUCAGCUGGCUGGCCCUUUGAACUCCAGUUCGCUAAGGAAGCCGAAAGACGACCAAUUUCACUCAUGGUAGCGUACCCUCGGAUGGUGUUUCGCACAAGUGAUAAGAUGCGCGUUAAGGCAUUAAGUUUGUACAUGACAAACUAUAUUAAGCAUGGCACAUUAGAGACAUACUACACAUUAGCAGCGAAAAGCACUUCCUUCACGUUGGUGUAUGCCCCAAAGGCAAAACCCCCUAAAAGCGUGGUAAACACAGGACCUGAUGAUGAACCGACAGAAAACACUCCACUUCCUGCAGGGACAUCGCAAUACUCCAUCGACGUUGUUCUUGAUGCACUGAAGGCUUCUCCGCAUAAGGCUCUCUCUAUUCGAGAUCUUACCAAUAUUAUUGGUAUUAAACCAUUGCAGCAUCGCGUGAUACCCUACUUGCGAUUAAUCAACCGUGUCACGACUACCGGAAUCACACUAAAAAAUAGGGAACGUGUGGGAAUUGUGGUGCUAGCCGGGACGAUCCUGACCGAGGACGAAAAACACGCUGUCGUGGAAGCCUCUCAUAAUGCAGUCGUUCCUGAAGAACACAUGCUGCUUUCUGUCGCUCAGUCUAAUAAACGGCAACUGAAACUAGACGUCCUUCUCCCCAAUAUACCUGCCACGGUAGACGGGGUUGGAAAAUCGGUGGCACAUCUACAUCUCAGCAAUCCAAACUUUCGCAUGGUCGCUACAGCACGCAAGAUAAUGACCAUACGUAAUGGCUACGCACGUAGUGCGCUCUAUCGUGCUGGUCGUUUACACCUAGAGCUCUGGAAACAGUGGCAUGAUGGCAUCCAUCAAAGUGGCUGCGGUUCUACCAAGGACACAAAAAUGUAUUCUAUGAGUGCGCAAGAUAUAUACGACAACAUGUCACUGAGCACAUUUUGUAUUGUAGUAGGAUUUGCUGCGUUAGAUCUUACUGCUGUGCUGGCUGAGUAUUGUGGUCACGACACUCAUUCCACAUCAGGCAAAGUCUCAUGGGUCACUCCUCUUCGUCUGCUGCCCCCAAGCUUGAAUAAAAUCUGCCAGGAUCAAGGGGUUCAGCCACUACUUCAUGGUCUUAGCAUUCUACAGAGCCACGGUCUGAUUCGAAGCGACGAAAUUCUCGAUUGCUUUAUUACAAAGAAGCUGCAGGAAAUUACAAUUGAGCUGGAGUGCUAUGGUAUCGACUUAGUGAGAAACAGCACCAUUGUAUUACAUGACAAUACGCGAUACUCACCAUCCAUGACUAUGUGCGCUGUCCUGAGGUAUUGGUUUCCCAUCUGGGCUAGAAGCGUUAAACAUUCGGCCAUACUCCACAUCUCUGAGCUUUAUGAAGCAGAACCAAAUCCCACGAUUGAAACUCUGGUUGCAAUGAACCGGCGGCUGCGCUUUGAUUUAUCCAUACUUGCCGAAUCUUUUUACCAGAGUUGUGGGAUGAACCGAUCGCUUCCAUUCGACGCGCUAUCUCAGAAACAUCGAAAGGACGAAAAGACGCGACUCUCAUCUGGGCUGCUUCAACAUGGAAAAUAUAAACGACGAGGUCACACGCGUCAAGCAGCUUUCUCCCGCAAAGAUACCUCAGGGGUGACGUUGGCAAAGGAUCUUGAGAGUGUUCUCAGCUCACCGUUACCGCAUAAGCGCCUGUGGCGUAUACUGAGCUUCCUCAAGCGGCUUAGCCGUGUGCACCUCUCAGGCAUCCCAACAGGCCUCCCAUCCCUGCAUGAUGCCUUUCUGACUUCUCUGCAGCACCACGCCUUCAGUGUGAAUCCGUACACCAAUCACAGCGCGAUCCAUCUCUGCGUCCUUGGGGAGGCCUUGCAACACGUGUUGCAGCACUCCAUCUCAUGCAAUGAGAACACGACGGAAACAGCUCUCUCGUCUCUUCAGAAAAACUUCUCCAAGUGUAUUAGCUUGGUCUUCAGUCCAAACGCCUCUGGGUUACCUGUGGGGUCAUUGGUAGAUUCGCCAGGCCCGCAAAGCCCCUCGACACCAGACGACCUGGAUUUCUCGCGAGAAAAUACUCCGCGAGCUCCGAAAUUUAUGGAAGCUUCGGACUACGAGGAGGUCAUGUUAGACUCACUGCGUAUGAUCCUGCUCUCGGACGCGGCACAUUAUAAUUCAGCCAUUGCAAAGGAGCUUGUGUUAGCGUUUCCAGCGAAACUGGUUGCGCGUGGUCGCAACUAUCUUCAAAAGGAACCCUCCUUCAGCCAACGCUGCUGGAAGCGCUCGCAUCGCAUUCCCGAAUUGACGUUGUCUGCGCGUCCGUUUAUUUUCUCACCCCACAUUACUCGCCCGGCGCCAAGGCCAUGUGCGAAUACGAUGCUGAUUCAUAGUUGGGUUUCAAGACUCCACGACAUGAUCAACAACGUCACGGCCGGCACGACCAGACGUGAAUUCAAACCGUGUUUCACAUGCUCUUCCUCACCUAAUUCUCAUUUUGAUAUCCUUGUCGCUUCUCAACCUGUAAUGGAUGUUGAAGAAAUUCCUUUGUUGGCCCGUGAAGAUGAUGUGAUGGCGACGUUGCGGGCCCCGACACUGAUUUGGCCAGCUUCUGCCCGAGUAUCCGAGCAAAGUGUUCGCCGCACACUUUCCGUAAGCCUUGAAAAGGACCUUAGGGGAGGCCGAAAGCGCCAGCGCGAAGAGUAUGAUGACGCUGACAGUAAUAUUAUAGAUAAAGACUUAGAAAACAAAUUUGCUGAUGACGAAGAAAACGACACCAAUGCCGAGGUUCUAACACAAUCAUUUGCUAACGAUCUUGAUAUCGCCGCAUCGGCAACCCUUUACCCCGCCAGAACUUUAGUACGAUGGAAUGGGGGUGAUAUUGACCUGGCAGACUGCAUCACAAUCGAUCCAAUGCCCACCGCUGAAGAAGCUGAUGCAGUAAAAAAAAAUAUCUCGCACAUUGCGGCUUCGAAGGGUGAACCACAGGGCUCACUUUCAUUGUGUGUUGGGCAGAAAAACGAAGCGAGGUAUCCCCUUGCAUACCCAAGUGUGUUCCACCAUGUGGAUGGCGCCUUCCACGUAUUUAUGUGGAAGCUCUUUUUGCUUUCCAUCUACCGAUAUAUUCUCUAUGUACCAGGUGUCUUGUACACGACCUUGCGAAAGCGGGCGAUGUCUAGUGGACUUAUUAGUGCUCGUGCUCUCAAUGCCGCACUUCAUUUUCUUGUCGAUAGCACUGUGCUCGUACGUAAAAGUGUUCUGACGGCUGUAGGUGGCGUUGAGGACUGUUACACCACUACAACCCUAGAAGAGGGUUUAUGGGAUAUAAUUAAACUUGACUAA